CCUCUGUGUACCUGAAAUGCCAGGGCCUAUUGUAAUUCUCAGUCCAGACCUGCCAUGAUACACAUUAAUCAGCAACUCUACAGGUACACCCGCGUUUAGUUAAUAUUUAUCACAUGACGAAGACGCCAUACGUCACGUGCGGGUGACGUCACGCGAGGGCGAAUCGCCAGUAGGAAAUGGGAGCACUCUCUCUCCACUCAUCAGCUGACUUGAUGCGAUGCCGGGUAAUAUGUUUCCGCGUUCCAACUAAAGGAAGUGAUGCAAAUAAUACGCAAGCACGACUCAGUGGAAAGAAAACAAUCGCUGUGCUUGGCAUGCGGAAGCACCUUAGUGCGGACGGGAUUAUUGGGGUCAGACGUUCGCUGGUUCUGUCUCUGUCACCAUCUGUCUUUGACGUAGCGGCUACACCGGCCUAAGCACGGGCCCGCGACCUCCCACAGCCUUCUUCAGAGGUUAAAAUGUCAGCUUUACAAGACCUUUCAUCACCAAGCAGUAACCUGCAGAUGUCCAACUUUGCACACGUGAUCUUUCAGAAUGUUGCUAAGAGUUACCUACCAAAUGCCCCUCUUGAGUGCCAUUACACUCUCACUCAGUAUAUCCUUCCACACCCAAAAGAUUGGGUUGGUAUAUUUAAGGUUGGUUGGAGCACUCCUCGGGAUUAUUUUACAUUUCUGUGGUCACCUAUGCCAGAAAAAUAUGUGGCAGAGUCCACUUGCAACUGUGUGCUGACUUUUCAAGGAUACUAUCUUCCUAAUGAUGAUGGUGAGUUUUAUCAGUUUUGCUAUGUAACCAACAAAGGAGAGAUCCGUGGUGCAAGCACGCCAUUCCAGUUUCGGGCAUCUUCUCCUGUAGAUGAACUCCUGACCAUGGAAGAUGAGGGGCAUUCAGACAUGUUGGUUGUAACUACUAAAACUGGACUUCUUGAGUUAAAAAUCGAAAAAUCCAUGAAAGAAAAGGAAGAGCUUAUAAAAAUAACAACUGUGCUUGAAAAGGAAGUGCUACAGUUGAGAGAGCAUGUUGUAAGCUUAGAAGGUGUGCUUCUACGGGAACAAAAGAUAUCCGAGCAGCUUACGUCCGAGCGAGAGGAGCUGUUGAAUGCAUCGGAAAUCUUAAGAACUGAAUGUGAUGAAGCAAAGAGAAAAUAUAAGGACAUGUCGACUAGACUUAUUCAGCUAGAAGAAGAUAUCAUGUCAGUGACACAGAAAGCUAUAGCAAAAGAAACUGAGUUGGACAGCUUGAAAGAUAAGUUAAAGAAGGUAGUACUGGAGAAAGAACAACUGGAAUGUCAGUCGAAAUAUGAGAAGGAUGAAAAAGAACUCUAUAAGGUUCACUUGAAGAAUACAGAGAUCGAAAACACCAAACUUCUAACUGAGGUCCAGACAUUAAAGAACUUGGAUACAAACAAAGACAAUCUCAUUGCCCACUACAAGGAAGAGCUUGGAAAGCUGCAGAUUUGUCUAGUCGAUACAGAAAGAAUUAAUAAAGAACUUCUGCAGAAUUCUUCAAAUAAGGAGGAUAUCCCCUUUUUAAAGCAACAGCUACGAAAGUUGGAGGAUCAACACCAAGCCAGCAGACAAGAAGUUUCCUUAAUGUCUAGGGAACUGAGUGAGGCCGUAAAUAAACGUGAUAAAACCAUGUCUGAUCUUCACGCAGCUCGUCUUGACACAGACAGUGUGAGGCAGCAACUGGCUGAUGCUUUGGCUCAACUUAGUAUUCGAGAUGAGCAGCAGCAGAAGUCCAACCCUUUUGUGAAAAAGGACCAGGGGGUAGAGAAUACCAGAGUGGAGCAGGAACUUCGCAAAGAGAUUGAAGACCUGAAGCUGAGAUUGCAGAUGGCAGCAGACCACUAUAAAGAUAAAUUCAAAGAAUGCCAGAAGCUUCAGAAGCAAGUAGUAAAACUCACUGAGCAGCUUAAAGCUUCAGAAAAUCAGCAGAAAGAAAGAGAACUGUUUGGGAAUACAGAGGUUGCAAUUGUUACGGUUAUGAACCAAUGUACUCCACCAGUGAGUCCAUUUACUUCAGAUACUGUACCCGAAUUCGACAUAAGAGAACAAGUGCGGGAAAUGAGUUUAGAAAUAGCUGAAAAAACAGAAAAAUAUCGGAAGUGUAAGCAAAUGCUGGCUGAAGAAAAAGCGAGGUGCAGUGCUUAUGCGGAUGAUGUCGCCAAGAUGGAAUUAAAGUGGAAGGAGCAGCUCAAAGUCAACGACAGCAUCAAGCGGCAAUUGAUUGCUUUGGAUGAUCAAUAUAAAGUACAGUCUGCAGAAAAAGAUCGAGAAAUAUGUGACCUUUCUUAUAGUGUUGAAACCCUUCAUAAUGAAAAGGGAAAAAUGGAGCGAUUUAUAAAAGAACUUGAAAAAAAGAUGGAAAAACAAACAGACUGGGCUGCAAGUAACACCCAAGGACUGCAGUUUUUUAAUCCAUAUUGCGAUGAACAGCGAUUAGUUUCUGCCAUUCCAACUCAGCAGCCUCUUCUUCAGUUUGGAAAUCCUUAUACAUCUCAAGGAACUAGAGAUGGCGCAGAUGGAGCUUUUAACCCAGAUGAAGUGAAAGGACCUCCUGUCAGAGCGAACUCCUGGGGUCUCGAAGACAAGGUUGUCUGCAGUCAGCCUGCUCGCAACCUCAGUCGGCCUGAUGGUUUGGAAGAUCCUGAUGAAAACAACGCAGGCCUAAUGACUAAGGAUGACGAUGAAGAUGACGGUGAUAAUGUGAAUUUUGAACAGACCCCUGAUCCUACGCGAAUCAUCAUGCAGGACCAAUCAGGCUUCUGCUUUGAAGCAGGGUACACAAUGAAUAAGAAGUGCCCCCUCUGUCCUGUGUCAUUUCCUCCCAACUACGACCAGGGCCAGUUUGAGGCCCACGUGGAGAGUCACUGGAAAGUCUGUCCCAUGUGCAACGAGCAGUUCCCCCCAGACUGCGACCAACUCAUCUUCGAACGCCACGUCCAGACCCACUUCGACGGCAAUGUCUUAAAUUUUGACUAAAGCCGCCAUGUUUAUUGUAUGUUUGUAAUGUAGUGGUGAGGAGAUCACCCUAAAAACUAGACGUGAAAUGUAGCUUAAAGCAUCACUCAUGGGGGAAAUAAGCUGCUUGGAUGUGGGGAUCUCCCUUUACUUUCCCUUUAACAGACUGAAACUAUCCAUAGUCACCUCAUCCAAGGCAAGCAAUAUGGCAGUUUCCUCUCCUAUCCUUUAAUCAAUGCAACAUAUGCCUGGGUCGGUGGCUGUUCCUAUGUUAUAGUUAUUUGAUCUGACGUUUAUAAUAGAUUAUAGUCGUGCCAGUUCACUAUUCUAAUACCUGUCUGUUUAGCAGAGAGUGGAAGAAACCACUUAUAAACAAGGCGGGGAGGAUUGAUUUUCUUUAGGAAUGCUCUGCAAUGAUUUCAAGAUAAUUUCUUGCUUCUCUUAAGGGUGAGAUCGAUGUAACCCAGUGUUAACUUGCAGUUUAUCUUUCAGAGACAAGAGAGGCCACGGUAUAAGGGCUACAAAACCCAAAUGUUACCAGUGGAAGUAGAAGGGUAAUUCAGUAAUGACACAUAAAUAAGUCUGGGACUGAUUGCAGCAUGUCUAUUUAUCCUUCUAGUAACGUAGGGAAAUCUACUCGUUGCUUUCUGUUGUUUCUGCCCUGAUGUAACAUUACAUGAACAGCUUGUUUUUUUACAGGAGCAGUCUCAUGUGAUAUAUACCGGGAGAAGGCCAGCAGGCAACACUAAAGGGCAUAUUUAUCAAGCUGAUAAAGCAAAAGUGGAGUCACAAUAAACUGCACAGAACCACAAGCUGCGAAUAAAUGUGAAGUAUUUAAUGGCGGAUGACACAAAGGUGCUGUUUGCCAUUUAUAGUAAGUGGGGCUGACGGAGUACAAUUUGUUAUUGGAGUCAAACAUCAUGCAAAGCUUGAUAAAUACGCCCCUAAAUCUGAACUGCUAUGUUAGUGAAGCAAAAUCAUUUCUUGAGAUUCCAUCUGACUUAACAGAGUUACUUUGCAGAGUUGCCUGCUCCAGACCAUUACUCAUUGUCUGACAUGGGUUUCACAUACGAUCACUUCUUUUAAAGGAGAAGGAAAGUCCAUUUUACUUGGUGGUGCCAAAAGUUAUCACCCCUACUUGACACCCAGAAAACUGCACCGGCCGGGAUUCUUCCAGCGAGGACCACUCAGCGAUCAUUUUCCAGCUGCUUCUUCUUUCUUCAGAUUUCCCGGGGCAGACACAUGCGCACUAGAACGAAUAACUGGCUUUUCAUUAAAGUUCGUCUUUUCACUGUACUGUGGAUGGUCGUCUGCGAAAAGAAAGAAGAAGCCGGAAACGAUUGCUCCGUGGUGCUCACUGGGACGGGUGCAGUUUUUCUACUGAUAGGAGCACUGACCUGGGGUGUCAGGAAAGUAAAUGCAUCACUUGGGGGCACCUAGCUUUUGGCACCCCGAGUAUAACAGGAUUUUGCUUCUCCUUUAAGAAGGUUAAAGGGGACACUUCCUCUACUAUAUAACUCCUGUAAUAUUGCUGCCAAUGCUCCUCUAAGCACUUUGUAAUUACAUUUUUUUAAAGGUUUGCUGUUAUUAGCAGUUUUUAUAUUGUCAACAUCAUGUUUGUGCUCCCUGCUCUUUGACUUGGAUCAGGGCCAGGUAGGACAGCCACGUUUUACUGAUGUUCAGUUCACUGAGCAAUAAGACUGAGCAGGGAAACAUCACAAGACACUUGCUGCCUCAGUAAUUAAGCGUCUGCUGUUCUACCCAGUCCUCAACCAGCGCUUCAUUUUAUUAGCUGCUAAAAUAGUGAAAUCUAAAAAGCAUUCCCAGCAAUUUUACAUUGUUAUCUUUAAAGAAAUCACACUUUAUUUAUGUUUUAACCCUUUCUUGUAAUGUCUGUAUUAAUUGUCUUUCUGUUCCGUUUUGUUCUCGGUUCUUUUCAUCAUUUACUUUCUUGUUCAAAUGUCCUUUAGCUUCCAAUAAUGAGAAAUGUGAGUGCAUGUGUGUAGCUUGGGAAUGUGUCUAACCCUAAUGAGCGGCUGCUUUGCAGAGCUAUACAGUGAUUGUGUCAGAGAUUCUGUUAGAUCGAAUGCAACCGGGAUGUACAAGUGCAACUCCUCCUGUAAAUGAAAUGAUUAAACUUUAUAUUACCUACAACUCA